CCCCGCCCAGGAGGCCGAUUCCCCGGAUGUGAUGGACAUCUCGAGAGAUGCCCGCGGCGGCCUCGGCCACCUGCCCGCCCGUUACCGCGCCUGGGUCAGGGGCCCCCGCUCGAAGAGCCAUCCCUGCGGAAAAAACAAAAGGGAAAGUAGAAAUCUUCACUGUGCAGUUCGAGACGGAAGAUAUCCUUCCGAAGCUGGAAGCUACGAUUGUCCAGCUGAAGAAGAGCGGGUCAGAAUGGGAAGAUCCCAUCCUGCUCGGAGCCACUGAUGUCAAGCGGGUGUUCCUUAGCCCCAAGGUGGUGGAUGAGGUGCUGCCUGGGAAGACCAUUAUUCAAGACUGGGCUCCGUACAAGCCAUUGGAGAGCAACCUAGAGAAGUUAAUGAGGCAAGACCUCAUCUGGAUGGCCGACAACAAAGAACAGGCCAGGGUUGUCAGCCUAGGCACUGCGCCCUACAGGGUAUCCUUGGGUACUGGCUACCACCGGCUGAACAUUGAUAUAUUUGGGAAGCAUUUCCCCAGGGUCAGGAACCAGUUUCUUGCUCAGGUCCAGCAAAGAGUCAGCACCUUGGAGGGCCCAGUAUACUGUCUUUUGAGCUUUGAGCCAUCCAUGUGGCAGGACAUGUUAUUCUUCUGCCAAACUGCCUUAGGACUCCACAUGGAUAGAGAUAUUGAGGGGCAAAGCUUGCUGGAGACAGAUGUAUAGACCUGUAAGGGAAAGAGCCCCCUACCCUGCUAUUGCCAGUCCUUUGCUGCUUCUGGGCUCAGUAGUUUGUCCGCUGUCUCUCCUUCUGCCAUGCUAUUACAUCAGAAUCCAGAGUGUUGUAGAUUCAAGUCCCACUCCUGGGUUUUGAAAGCCAACAAGCCUAAUGGCAGACUCGUGUUGAAUUGUUUGGUGUUUGAUUGCACUGGUCUGAUUAUUGACCUCGCCCAGUGUACUUGACUAUUUGAGCUUGGAUGCAGACUCAGGAUGAAGCAAACAGACACUGAUUUCAAAAGGCUUUUGUAAAUAAACC